GGGGUCUCUGCCAGCGCUUGUUGAACGUCAUUUAGCCCUGUCCGCUCAAUCCUGCCAGAUAUCUUCCUCCGCGCCCGUAGCCCCAACAUAUCUUCUUGAUUAUCUUGUGGGAGGAUGCUAAGCUGCGCAGACUGCGCCAGAGUUGAGACAUUAGAGCUAUCCGAUCCUGCAGCCAACUAUUCAUCAGCAGGGUUUGUUCGCUCCAGCAACCCCCACGCUAUCAGCAUUGUCGCCGGUGCAGCUUGCGCCGAGAGCUCCCGCCUCAUUUCCCGCCCCUCAAUGCGGGCAAUGCAGACAGCGCUGAGGUUGGCAUGCUGUACGGUGUACAAGUGCCUCGAGCAUAACGACUCCGCACAUCUCCAGUCUGCAAAGCUGUGUAACCUCAUGGCCAUGCUUCCCACCUCAGGAUCCGCGGCUACCGCUGCAGACAUCUGCAGCUUACUCCGCGCAAACGAUGUGCGAGCUCGUCAUUAACGCUAACGCGCACCUUCACAUGCUCGAGCUGACAUGCUCCGGUCGUCGGUAGCUUCCGAGGGACCCUAAUGCAACUCAUACCUUGUGAGCCGAUGUGAAGCAUUCAGAGUCAAGGUGCAGCUCAAGCUGCGGUAGGCUGUGACCGCCUCUCUACGACACAACAUCUUUGACUCUUCCCCUAGCUUUUAAAGGCUUCCUCUUCAAGUGGUACUUAAGUAGGCGGCGCCGAAGAAGCAGCUACGGAAGCUCUAAAGGCAAUGGAACUGAAAGUAGAUAUAGUAAACGGUAGG